AUGCAAUUCUCGUGGGCUGAAUCAUCAGCGAUGGAUGGAGAAAGUGAGGUGAAGGGAGGUGACUUCACCACCUACGAGAACCUCUAUGGAAACGAGCUCCAGCUGUUCGAGUCCUUCUUCAACGGCAAUCUCAACGAGCUCGAUUACCUGAGCGAUCUGUCGCUUCCUGCCGGAUCCGAAUCGCAUAUCUCUGCGGAGCCCAUCGAUCUGCCGUUCGUCAAGAACGAGCCCUCGUCGCCUGAAUCGUUCGCGACCGAGAGCACCACACCCAGCUCGCCCGGCGAGAGUUCUGGCCCCUCGUCGCCCGAGACCCUCUUCCAGCAUCACGCGUCGAUGAUGUCAUCGCCGGAGAGCACCAUCAACCCCAUCUCGCUCACCAUGGCCUCUGCCUACCCGAUCCAAGAUCCGCUCGUCGAGAUCAAGAAGCAGGGCGCUAAGCGGGCCAGGUUCGGCAGCGAGGACGAGGACGUUGCUCCCACACCGUUGCCGUCAAGCGGCGGUGCACCCGAGGAGGAACGACAUGUGAAGAGGCAGCGCAGGCUGAUAAAAAAUCGCGAAAGCGCUCAGAAGUCCCGGUUGCGAAAGAAGAUGUAUAUUGAAGAUCUGGAGACGAAGGUCAAGUCUCUUGCCACGCACAACGACAUGCUCCUGCAGGAGAACAACACGCUCAAGGAGGAGAUCAACUACCUCACCAAGUUCAUCAACAAGACGCCCGGUCUCGCCGAGGAGAUUGCCCAGAGCCGCCCUAAGGGCACCGCUCCUAUCCGAAACGUCAAGGCUGCCGGCGUGUGCCUCCUCAUCGUCCUCUUCUCGUUCGGCCUCUUUUUCAACAACGUUCAGCAGUUCGGCGACAACGGCCCCGCGCUCCCCUUCGAGGGUGGCGCGAGAGAGCCUGUUCCCGAAGUCCUUCCGUUCGGCGGUGAGAGACGGUAUGGUCGCAUGUUGAAGUCGUUCAAGGACGCUGUGCCCUCCCUGGCCAGCGAGACCGAGGAGGUUGGUGGCGACCUUACGCAGAUCUUUCCCAAGAGGCGUCUGCCUCCUGUGGACAUGGGAUCCCUGGACUCCGUCAUCCAGAGGAACAAGAAGGUCGGAACCGGCCUCUCUCCCUACAAGAAGAUCAAGCUCGAGGAGGACGCGAUGGACGUGGUGGACCCGUCCUGUAUGGAGGAGCUAGAGAAAGGCUUCAUCUCCGUUCCCCAGCUCCCCGCGUGUGAGGACGGCCUCCUUCCUGACUCGUACGAGCUCGCCAGCGCCAGCCCGCGCAACGACACUGGCGCCGAGACCACCGGUCACACCGACAACUAG